AUAUUCUCUUGUGUUGUUUUGUGCUAGGAUUAUAUCAAGAUGCCGAGACGUUGUGAAUUAGGAUGUGAACCUUCUGGUGCUCCACUCCAUGUUUUCCCGGAUCCGGCCAAAUAUCCUAAGCGGUUUAGGGCAUGGGUAACUAUUGUUGGUGGAAAAUUGGAAACACGUCAUGAUUAUGAAGAUUAUAGAAAGAGGAAACUUUGUGACAUUCAUUUUACAAAUAAAGACCGAAAUCGUAAUCAUCGGUUAAAUGCAUUAGCAGUUCCAUCUUUACAUUUACCUAGUAGGAUUCUUGCUAUUGCACAGCAAGAAACAAAUAUAAGCUCUGUUUCUGAAAGCUUAUCUACUGGGCCUUCAACUUCUUUCACAGAAUAUUCUUUCAUUUCAGUCAAUGCAACCUGUUAUGAGGCUGAAGCUGCCAUGCUGGAGCAUGAUUACUGUAUCACAUAUGAUAAACCAUCUGAAAAACGUACGAAAAAAGGUGUAAAAUCUUCAACAGAUAAUAAAAUUUGUAGUUUGCGAUCUGAAAUUUCAAGACUGCGAAAAAAAGGGACAAAUCUUAAAGCAAGAUUAAAUAAUGCUGUGAAGCUGUCCAAAAAUCCUUUGUUCUACAAAUUUACCAAGGACAUGACAAGGCCUGCCAAACUUUUUACACAGAUGCAAGUGUAUCAAACGUCCAAAAAACCAAAAGGUAGACGUUAUACUACUGAUGAAAAAAUACUGUGCUUAUCAAUGUACAAAAAAAGUCCCAAAUGUUAUAAUGUUUUAUCCAAAUUCUUUACUUUGCCAUCAGCAAAAGCCAUGAAACGCUUGUUGGCAAAAAUAAAAAUUAAAUCUGGUAUCAAUACCAUAUUAUUUGAAAAAAUUAAGAAAACUGUUGCUGAUAAAGACAUCUCUGAUUGUUUAUGUUCAUUAAUUUUUGAUGAAAUGGCAAUAACACCACAAAUUCAUUAUAAUACACAAAAGGAUGUAUUGCAAGGUUUUGAUGAGGAAGGAAAAAAGUUUGCCAAUCAUGUCCUUGUAUUUAUGAUUAAAGGUAUAAAAGAAAACUUCAAACAGCCAGUAGCAUACUAUUUUACGAAUAGCUUAAACACUUAUGAACUAAAAAAAAUCAUUAAAAUAGUCAUUCGAAAUGUUCAGGAUACAGGACUUAUUAUUUUGAACACUGUGUGCGACCAAAGCACUGUUAAUGUAAGCGCAAUUACAAGCUUAAUAAAUGAUACAAAAAAAAUUUAUUUCAAAAAAGGUAAAGAGUGGCGCCAUGAUGUCAUACAAAUAAAUAAACAAAGCUUGAUACCUUUGUAUGACGUUCCCCACCUAAUAAAGGGAAUAAGAAAUAAUCUAAUAACUAAAAAUUUGAAAUACAAAAUUAAUAAUGAGGAAAAAAUAAUGAAAUGGGAGUAUUUGGAAAUGCUUUAUGCUGCUGAUAAAUCAUAUGGAGAACUGCGACUUCUGCAAAAAAUUACUGAGGAGCACGUGAAUCCAGAAAAAAUGAGCAAAAUGCGAGCGAAGAAAUAA